GCCAGCUAUGCCCCCGCUGCCCAGCACUGUGGGCCUGGCAGUCCUGUUCUUCUGGGCAGGCCAGACAGUGAACACCUUGAUGCCCAAUGCCACCCGAGUGCUGGCUUGGACCGAGGGCACAGCAGUGCACUCCCUGAGUGGCCUGGGGGUGCCCCACUACCGGCGGAAGCGCCACAUCUCUGCCAGGGAUAUGAGUGCCUUACUGGAUUAUCACAACCACAUCAGGGCCAGCGUGCACCCACCAGCUGCCAACAUGGAGUAUAUGAUCUGGGACGAGCGGCUGGCCAGGUCUGCUGAGGCCUGGGCCACCCAGUGCAUCUGGGCCCAUGGGCCCUCACAGCUGAUGAGAUAUGUGGGCCAGAACCUCGCCAUCCAUUCUGGCCGGUACCGCUCGGUGGUGGAUCUCGUGAAGUCUUGGUCUGAGGAGAAGCGGCAUUACUUGUUUCCAGCCCCAAAGGACUGCAGCCCACACUGCCCCUGGCGCUGCAGUGGCCCUGUGUGCUCCCACUACACCCAGAUGGUGUGGGCAUCCUCCAACCGGCUGGGCUGUGCCAUCCACACAUGUGGCAGCAUCAGUGUCUGGGACAGCACUUGGCACCAGGCAGUGUACUUGGUCUGCAAUUACGCUAUUAAGGGCAACUGGAUCGGCGAGGCUCCAUACAAGAUGGGGAGGCCAUGUUCUGCCUGCCCCCCCAGUUACCAAGGCAACUGCAAUAGCAAUAUGUGCUUCUCUGGGCUCAAAUCCAACCGGCUCCUGUGGUUCUAAAUUUUUCCUGUGCUCUGGCAGGCCUUUAGUGGGCCUGAUCCUCUAAGGGUCCCUCCCUAAGGUGGGUCAAGGACAAAAAAUUUUUUGAAGACAUGAAUUGGACUCCCUCCACUGAUCUGAAUUCUUCUUCCCGAUUGCAUUUUCUAAAUGUCUAGCAUGUGCCAGAAGAAAAUGACUGCCUUGCCUUCCUUCUUUAGUCAGUUGCAUCUUUCUUUUCUCUGGCCUCCAGGAAGGAGGCCCGCGUCUUUAAUUGACUCAUUUCUCAGAGAGCCAGGGUCGGAAGGAACAGUGGCAGCAGUUUUGUGACUCUCAGGCCUCAAACUCACCAGUCUUUUGCCAUCCAAUAAAAGGUAUCUAUUAAAUAACCUUAAUCCUGAAACCCACCUUUAUUAACCGGUUAAUAGCCAACUAGCUUCUGGCUAUUAACCAGAAGACCUGUGAUCCCCUCCUGGAGUUGGAAACAUUUUAGGUCUGAACUUUAAAAAAAAAUAAUUGAAAUUAGCUUGUGAACACCCCACUCCUAUUUCAUAUUACUAGAGCCACCCCAGGGUCCAGGGCCCCCCUUUCACACAUGGGCACCUUGAGGCUCAGUGAAGAGGUGUGACUUAGAGCUGCACAGCUUGUCUGCUAAGGCACUCAGGUUGGAGCUCAGGCUCUGGCACCCCAAAGUUUGCCAGGGGUAACUGUCUCUGGAUCUAUCCUACCCUUCCCCACUUUCAGCCUCUCUGCUUUAAUCUUUCCCUUUUAUCUACUUGCCAGUUCUGUCCCUAUCUGUCUUACUCUGUAUUUCUCCUGUAGAAUUCUUUCUCAUUCCCAUUAACCACUUCCCCUUUCCCCACCCAGAUACCAUUAACACACAAAAGUUCUUUUGUCUCCAGAGAUAGUAAAAUUUCUUCCUCAGACCUUGCCCUCCAGCUGGGGCCCACACCCUACCUGGCUGGAGAGAGCUUCAAAGACCAGGAUGGAAACCAGCUCCUUUCCCUAGGGUCCUUGCAUUUCCCCAGGAGUGAAUUUUCAUCUCUUUUGGUCAUUCCCACCUAUGCCAUAACCUGUGAUGUCACCCCUCCAUCCCCAAUAAAGUCCUUUGAGAUUAGAUGCCCUGGCUCUUUCUGGUCCCUCUUUCUCUCAGCUCCCAGAAGAGUCGAAGAGGAGAGAAAGGAAUUGAGUGAGGAGAAAAUCAGCUCAGGAGGAAGACUAGGGGAGGGGCUCACAGCCCCUCAGCCCCUACUUUGCUCCAAGCACAUCAGCUAGAUCAGUGCCUGAGUGCAAUGUUUCUAUGGCACUGCUCCAUUUCACAGAUAGGAAAAAUGAGGCUUCGACUGAGUGAAAUAAGAGAAACAAGGGCACUGUUGUGAGUCCAUUAUUCUCAGAUUAUAA